CGAGUAAGUCAAACCGGAAACGACGCAACGACACAGCAGUCAUGGCGUCCACAGCGGCGACCCGAGCAGCUGGAGCCGCUAGAGUUGUAAAACCCAUUUUUAGCCGGGACCUGGACGAAGCCAAGCGCAGGGUCCGGGAGCUGUACCGAGCCUGGUACCGAGAGGUCCCCAAUGCAGUGGCAGUGUUUCAGCUGGACAUCAAUACGCGCCAGGGAAGAGACAAAGUGAGGGAGUUGUUCGACAGAAACAAGCAUAUCGCUGACCCCCGCGUGAUCGACAUGUUAGUCAUUAAGGGGAAAUUGGAGCUCCAGGAAACAAUCCACGUCUGGAAGCAGAAGACCCAUAUAAUGCGCUAUUUUCACGAGACAGAGGAGCCUCGUGCCACCGACUUCCUGUCCAAAUUCUACGGUGGUCAUGACCCAUGAACUGUGUGGCCGACUGCUGACCUCUGACCCCUCUUUACUUGUGUCCUGUGUGACAGAUGUUCCCCUUGACUGUAAAUAUACACUUAACACCCACAUACCUACGGUUGUGUCUUUUAUUCAG